AUGGUCAUUAGAGUGCUGGAGUCCACCGACGAGAAGAAGAGCCCGCCUCAGUCUUCGGGGAACGAGUCGGGCAACGUCGACGUGAUCCACGAAAAGGGCUACGAGUCGGACUCUGACCCCGGUCUCAAGGAGGAGCAACCCGCUGCCGCGCUCAAGGGCGUCAAGUUUGUCCACGGGGAACCUGUGAUCACGACCGGCGAGGACGUCUCCAGGUUCUUGGUCGACACCAGGGAUGAUGGUGACCCGGCUCUUACUUUCCGCUCAUUUUUCCUGGGCACCCUGUUCGCAGGUCUAGGAGGGGCGCUAUAUGAAAUCUACAUCUUUAAGCCCGUACAGAUGUCUGUCUCGACAGUCUUCCUGCUGCUCCUCAUUUACAGCAUCGGCUUUGCUUGGGCAACGUUCCUCCCUCGUGGCACGUUUGCCGAGAGGAUUGGUCUACCUCGUCUAGCACCUGUACUCGAUUUUAUCAACCCAGGACCCUUCGGUCUGAAGGAGCACGUAGUCGCCUCCUUAGUUGCGAGCACGGCAGCCUAUGGAAGCACUGCGGUCAACAACUUUGCUGUGCAAAAGCUGUAUUAUGACACGCAUGUCGAAGCGUUGACUGCAGUCCUCGCCACUUUCUCCACUGCCUGCUUUGGAUACGGUCUUGUCGGCAUCCUGAGACCUCUGACUGUCUAUCCGAGCGAGAUGGUCUACUGGGGGAACAUGCCAACAGUGUCUAUUUUCCAAGCCUUGCACUUUGACACAGCGUUCAACCAUUCGCGUCUGAAACUGUUCUGGACCGCCUUCGGCGUCAUGUUCGUCUACGAGCUUAUCCCGGCCUACAUCUUUCCCGUGCUCAACGGGGUGAGCGUGUUCUGCCUCUCGGCCCACUGGGCCCAGCAGACCGGGCGGAUCAACCAGAAGACCGUCGACGCAUUCACCAACGUCUUUGGCGGCGCGAACGCGAAUGAAGGUCUAGGGUUGCUCAGUCUCAGCUUCGAUUGGCAGUACAUUGGCGCCAACUUCAUGAGUUGGCCGCUUACGCAGCAAGCCAACUCAUGGGUAGGGAUCGCGCUUUGCUACAUUAUAUUCAUCGCCAUAUAUUAUAGCAAUACAUGGAACUCUCUCUCAUUCCCGAUCAUCUCCACCUCCCUCUUCGCGCCCAACGGCUCUGUCUGGCACCAGUCAGCUGUGUUCGGGACCACCUUCCAGCUGAACCAGACCGCCCUCGACGAAGUCGGGCUGCCCAACCUUACGGGGUCCACCGCUUGGUACUAUCUGACCUCCAAUCUAGCGAUCGGCGGCUUAAUUGCCCACUGCGUGUGCUUCUGGGGCCCAUACGUGGUAGACUCUGUUAAACAGGCGAGGAACAAGACGCAGCCGGAUCCUCACUGGCAGGCCAUGCAAAAGUAUGAUGAAGCACCUUGGUGGUGGUACGGGGUCUUGCUAGUCCUGUCCUUCUUUGCCGGCUUGAUCGUAGUGCUGAAAGGGCAGACGACGCUGCCAUGGUGGUCUUACAUUCUUGCUCUGCUACCGUUCUCGACCCUGCUCUACGCUCGAAUGGGGAACGGGAUAGCCACUAACCAGCUGAUGAAGAUGGUGGCUGGCGCAGUCAACCCUGGAAGACCGGUGGCGAAUCUAUACUUCUCUAUGUGGAGUCACGACGUCGUGUCGACCUCUAUUGGCCUAGCUGGGGACCUCAAGAUUGGGCAGUACCUCAAGAUCCCUCCUCGAGUCAUGUUCCUUACCCAGGUGUGGGGGACUAUUCUCGGUGCGAUCGUGAACUACGUCGUGAUGGUCAGCGUGGUAGAUGCACGGCACGAAAUCCUUGUGAGCCCAGAGGGUUCGAACGUCUGGUCGGGACAGGUUAUCCAGAGCCUCAACAGUGCGGCGGUGACCUGGUCCUUGGCCAAGGAGCUGUAUGGUCCUGGCGGGCCGUAUUUCAUCAUUCCGAUGAGUCUGCUCAUCGGCUUGGGGGCAGGAGUUGUUCAAUGGCUGAUUUUCAAGCGCUGGCCUAAGAUCGGUCCCAUUAAAGUUGAUUCCGUUAUACUGCCGAUCAUCUACAUGUACUCCGGCUGGAUGCACGCGGGCACCAACUCGACCAUCCUGUCUUCCGUCAUCGUCGGGCUCGUGUCGCAGUUAUGGCUGAGGCGGUAUCACCCCGCUUGGUACCGCAAGUAUAACUACAUCCUAGGGGGUGCCUUGGAUGGAGGGGCACAGGUCAUGAUCUUUAUCUUAUCUUUCGCCGUCUUUGGUGCCUCUGGCGUUGGAAGACCGUUCCCGACAUGGGCUGGUAAUCCGGCGAAGGGCAAUGUCGAUUACUGCAACGGCAAUGGUGCAUUGGACUAAAGAUACAGGCUGAUGUUUUCUUUAUUCGGGUCGGUAGAGUAGUGAAGGCGGGUUGUUUGUUCGGUAUAGUACUGUAGAUCAGGUAUUCCAUCUCUUUUAUUCCUAAACCGCGCAGACGGUAUCCUCGGC